CGACGUUUUGCUCAGCGGCCACCUCUUCGACGCCAUCCUGUCUCCGUUGCUGCUUCUGCCACGGGAUGUUCGCUCGUCCCGUCGUCUCCAGAUCAGUGCUGUUCAACCUCAUGUCACUCCUUUAGCUGCUCACUGUAGCCUUUCCUUUUUUGUGUACAUAAUUCUACCACACCACUUUCCGGCCCUCGCCUUGGACUCGUUCGACCUACGCGUCUCUACACACUCAAGCCUCGUCACUCGCAUCCUCGACUAUCCCACUCCUACUUGGCGCGCGUAAAGCCCGAGAACGGCGUGUUACAGCUCAUCCGAGUUGUGCAAGAGCAGUGAGACGUUGAAUGCAAGCUCGACGGACUUCCUGGUCCUCGCCGCCCCCGCCCUCAUCGCCUCCAUCUGCUAUCCGGCACUUCGGCCAACCAAACAGCCCCUCUGAGGCGCGUGGACUAUCUUCUCCGACCUGGACUGCCCCAUCGCCGACUCGAACGCUUGGUAACUCGAGUCCAGAGCUUCCUACUCUUCCGUCCUUCUCUCUACUUGGAAACAAUCCUCGUACACCGUCUACCGUCGCGAGGAACGACAGAACCGACACUUCAUACUACACAGCUAGCUGGGGCAGUCCAUAUAGGCAUCCACCGCCUGUCUUUAACCCGCAACGUCAAGUCUCGACAAACUUCGGCAGUGACGAUUUUGACGAGGAAUCUUCAUCGUUGCAAUUUGGUCUUGAACACUUACUUCCCUCGCGGCUAGAUAUCGAAGCAGAGUCGCCCAAUCGAUUCAAUCUUGAACACCUCAUCCCACGCUUAGAACAAAACGCCUCCCCAAACCAAUUUACUCUCGAACACCUCAUUCGAUCUCGGUUGCCGACUCUAGAGACGCCAACAAGAGACUCACAUCCGUCUGGCCGCUCACCACAAGUGCCCGACUCGCAUCCAACAUCAGAAGAGUGGGUUCACAAAUUUUUGGAGGAGCGUUGGGAUCGCGAGGCGAACGACUGGCGGAGCACUGGUAGUGAGACAGACGACGGCGGAUCGACCAAGGACCAGGACGUUUCGUUUGACCCUCCACCGAAAAGAGGCCAUAACACUAGGAACACAAACAAGACAUUGAAUCAGCAAGACUUUUGGCGGCAUUUUAGCAAGGAUCAGAAGAUAGCUAUCGGCAAGAUGAUGGCCUCAAAGUACGCAGACCCUGAGGUGGCAACGCACUCGAGCCGAACCUCAGGAACUGGCCCUUCUACUCGUCAAACGACCAAUGGAAGUACCGCACACAUGCAGAAGUCACCAGUCUCGCCAGCGUCGGAGUGGCCCGGCCCAUUCGACUAUACUCCAAGCAAGCAAUCGGAAAGACUUCCCGUCAAAUCGACUCAGGACCCAUUGAACAAUCCUGCUCCAAAUACCGCGAACCAAUCGUUUCUAGCACCCCCAGAGCCAGUGCGAGCGCAAACUCCGCGUGUACGCAAGAAGAUCCCAGUCAAGGGCAAGAAUUGCGUCAUCUAUAUUCCGCACGAUAUUCCAAGGGGCAGCCCUGGGUAUCCUCCGAAGCCAAUGAGCGCGGAGGCAGUGAAUGCUAAAUUGCAGCAAUUGGAGCGACAGGGUUACGACACUCGAGGCUUCAGCACCGGAAGUCUGCAGUCGCACAAUCGAGCUAUCUGGCCAGAAGAAGCCGACGUGCAAGCAGAGCGCGCCAACGCAGCCACUCGAUUCCGAGUCCGUGUAUCUAAAAAAUCCGAGUGGGACGACUAUGUUAAUUCCCUGCUGGAGGCAAAGCUGGCAGCACUUGGCGUCAGCCAAGGAGGCGAAGAAGAUAUACCACUUCCCAUGUCACGGCAAGCGUCUUCACAACAGCAUCCUGGUCAACUCUUUUCUCCCCCGCUGCCCACUUCGUCAGCAGGGAGUCUCCGUAUGGCCAGGCAAGGAAGCAUCGUUUCUGGUUCUUUCCCUCUUGGACCGUCGCCGGGACAUAUGUCUCGGCAAUCGAUGGCAUCGCCAGCAGCAUUUAUAAAUACACGUGGGGGCAUGCAUAUGCAUCGACAUUCGACUUUCGCAUCGCCCGCCAAUUUUGCGCAACAUGCCUUCUCCCCUUCUGGUGCUUGGUCCCCUGGCGGUUACUUUGGGUCUCAAGAUGGGCGCGGUGGAUCACCUGCCCUCCCCUUGAGUAGACCUGAUCUUUCCGGUCAUGUUUCACCCCACUCUCCAUUUGGCGCAAGACCUGGCCAGCAGUUUCCUAUUACGCCCACGCAGAAGGAGGACUUCAUGGCACAGAUGCAGAUGCAGCAGCAGCAACUACAAACUCAACUUCUGAACCAACAGCAACAACAACUUCUUGGAAUGCGACCAUCUUCCACACUUGCAGAGGUUCCCGAAGAUGAAGGUGAAGAAGAUGAGCUGCCAGCGAUGAAGCAUGCCGCUAAGCCUGCACCGGAGAUUACUGUACCAACUCCUCGCAGUCAUCGUCACAACAUUAGCGAAAACCUUGAACGCGAGGCAGCCAACGAGGAAUAUCACCUGGAGGAAGCCAUCGACAAGCAGUUCGCAGAAGGAGGCGACUUCAGUACGGAGCCUGAGAGCAAUGGACAACUUAAGCCAUCCAAUCCUGUGGCUAACACUGCUUGGGAGGAUUCUCGUACUGUUCUACAUCAGCCUCAGCCGCAUAACAGAGCUCAUUCGCUUGCUAAAUCUCAACAGCCGGCGUCGUUCGCGUUUCCUGCACAGCAAAAUGCUCGCACCGAUAGCGAUGGUGCUCGAACGACCCAUUCACAGAACACGAAUCCUAGUUUGGAGGAGGGAGAAAUCCGCGACUCGGCGCAGAGCUCGGCGCAGCACUCAAAGGCGCCCUCUCAGCUGAGCAACUCAUGGAAAGAUAACAAAUUCGCCUUCAGCAAGCCUGGAUCUGCGGUACAUAGCAAGCAUACUUCGCGAUCGUCCAUCUCAAAGCUCAACGUCGAAGCCAAGGAGUUCAAAUUCAACCCUGCGGCCUCCUUCAGCCCUGGGUCGUUCUCGUCGGGCUUUGCCUUCUCGCCUGCGAUUCAAUCUCCUGCAGACAUUACUGCACCAGGCAGUAAUAAUAAACCAGGUAUCGAAGGAUUAUCGAGCUUCAAUGUCACGGCCCCUGCAUUCAAACCAGAUGCGCCAGCCUUCAAGCCUGUGGCCCUCAAUGCUGCAGUAAAGGCUCCGGAGUUCAAGCCUUCUGGGCUUGGACUGCAAUCGAGCGGCUUCACUUUCUCCAGCCCGCCAUCGUUCAAACCAAAUGCGCCCGCGUUCAACCCUGACAAGCCAACCCCCGCUCCCACGAGCUUCUCGUCGAAGAUCUUCGGCGAUGUCAGCAUCUCAGCUAGCGAUAUCAUCAAGCCAGCUACGCGUUCGAAGGCGGUUCCAAUCGUCCGGCCCGAUAGUUCGGGACAGAAGACUCCAGAAAAGCUGGAACAAGGAGAGGACGAAUCUGGGCGUCCGAAGCAAGCUGAUGGUCCCGAGAAGCGUACUCGACGCGAACGAGCUGAUGGAGAUGACGUGCCCAAGUUUGCUCUACAGCCUAUCCUUCUAUCGCAGCCCACCGCUGAAUCAAAGGCGCCUCAGUUUGGAAGCCAAGAUCCCAAGCUUGAGCAAGAGAAUGUUCCGGAGGACAAAGAGAACCAGUCACCUGGCGGUAAGAGGGUCAAGUCUAAGUCGAGGAGUCCAGAGCGUCUGCCUCUGCACAGUGCCGUUCCGGUAGCGAAACCUACCGCGCCAGUCCCCGAGCCUGAAUCGUCUGCGGACUUGCCUAUCGAUGACAUGAGUGACGUCGCUACACCUACGAUGGAAGACCCUGCGCCCGUGGCCAAAAAGCAUGGUCACAAGAGUACACUUUCGGCCAAUGCGACACCUUUCGAAUUCAGACCACAGAUUGGCAGUACCGGCUACGACUUCGGAUUUCACGUUACCAAGCCGUCCCAGGUCGAAGACCCCACAAAGUCGCAGACUUCCUCACCAAGAUACGCAAGUAGAAGCCCAGCAUCUACCUUCCGACCAAGCGAUGAUGGAUCCUACAAGACGGCAUUGGAUUCACGCAGACAUGCACCCUACCCUGAAAGCGAGAGCGUUGAUUUCGAUGUUCUCGGCGAAGCAUCGUUCAAUGACAUCGAUGCUGUGAUGAAGCACAUGAAUGAGGAGGGUUCCGACUUUGGCGUUGAGCGAGACGACAACUCCUGGGACCAGUCAUCUCCUCACAGGACGCCUCAUGAGUUUGAACGCAUCGACUUGCGACCGAAGCUCAAAUUACGUAGCGAUGCGCCUAGUCCCAGCCCCCGCAGAUUCUAUGCUCCGCGGCACAUGCAGGGCUCUGCAACAUCGGUCCAGGAUCCGUUUGACGAUGAACGGGGUGCGCUCGCGUACGAGUCUCCUGUGCACCGGCUCAACAAUGCCGAUGAUGUGCCAAUAAGUGAUUGGGAUGAAGGUCUUCUUACCGAAGGCGAGGACAAGAUUCAGACGCGCAGUCGUUUCUUCGACCAGCAUGUUGAUGACCUCAUGGGGCGUCUUCUGCAGAGCCGCCUCGGCCCACUCGAACAGAACUUGCAGGGUAUCCAGGAGGCCCUGGUAAUCAUGUCGCAACGUCCUGGACGCGGUCGACGAAGCAUGUCUACCAACGAGCGCUUAGACAGCGACGCCGAUGAUGAAGAUGACGACGUUGGUACUGAUUCGCACUACGCUAACCGAGCACCAAGAAAAGACAGGAGGUUGGAGAAGAUGCGAGCUAUCGUCAGGGACGCGCUAGAGUCACACCAAUCACACGUCGCCUCGUCCAUGCCCGUAUCCGUUCCCGAGCCCGUGUUACCUGAGAAGAUCCGGGAGAUCGUUGCUGACGUCUUUGCGGCACACCAGCCAACGGCUGCAUCUCUUCCUGCUGAUCAGAUUCGAGCCAUUGUCGAGGAGGCCAUCGCGUCCAACAAGGCCUCGCCACCAGAGCCUGUCGCAGAGUCUAUCAAGCCAGAGCACAUUCGCUCCAUUCUUGCAGAAAUGCUUGCGACCCAUGCUCCUCAGCCUGUUGAGCCUGUCAGGACCGACGACAUUCGCUCUAUCGUGAUGGAGGCCUUCGCGACCCACGCUCCUCAGCCCGUACCGCCUCCAGUCCCCGAGCAAAUCUGGCCAGACGAUCUCAAAGCGAUUGUCUCGGAGGCUCUCACUUCUCAUCAACAGCAGAGCCCCGUCGUGGAACAACUUCAGCCAGAGACAAUCCGCUCGAUUGUUACAGAGGCACUUGCAUCUCAACAGCCUCCAGCUACCGCAGCGCCCCCUGCCGAACCUGUUGAUUCAGACAUUAUACGCUCCAUUGUCGCCGAUGCUCUGGCUUCUCAAAAGCCUUUCGCUCUGGAAGCCCCAGUCGACAUUCCUCAGCCUCAAUUUGACAUGUCUGAGCUUUACCAAAUUAUCGGCAGUCUCAAGGCAUCUAUUGCGCAGACUACUAGUCACCACUUGCAGGCUGAAGACGUCCGUGAGCUUGUUGACGACGCCUUCAAGCGUCAGAACAUGGAAGCCGCGAAGCGCGAGGAAGCUCAGGCAGUUCUGGAAAGAGACGAGCGUAUCGCCGCUCUUGAAGAAAUGCUCCAGGAAGCUACGUUACGUUCCGAUGUCGAGGUAGAAGCCCGCAAGGCUCUAGAAGCUCGUGAGGCGGAUACUUCUCGCCUGCUCAAGGUCACUGAGGAACAACUCACUCUUCUCCAGCAGACUGCAAGUGAAGAUGAGGACAAAAUCCGCGCCUUGACAGAGGACCGCGAUACCACUCGUCGCAGUCUCGAUGUCUACCAGACUAACGAGUAUGAGGUUCAGGAAAAGCUCGCUUCCCUAGACACUGAGAACGAAGCCCUUAAACUCAGGAAUAUUGUGUUGGAGAGCUCUGGGGAAGACCUUAAGAGGAAGCUGGAUUCCAUCACUGCCGAGAAUGAAGCACUCACUUUCACGCUCGAGGAGCAUCGUUUGUCAGCAAACAAAUGGCGUAGUGACAUCCAAGUAGCUCACGAGGAGUCCGAGAAGUUGCGUAAGGCUGUCGAACAAACACGAUACCAGGCUGAAGAAGCUACGCGCGUCCGCGAAUCGAUGCGCACGAAGUUUGAAAAGCUCCAGCAGGAUAUGGUUGUGGCCUCGCAGCAGGUCGCUGCCGAGCGCGCUCAAUGGCAGAAGAACGAGGAGGCGACUUUGACAAAGUACGAGAUCCUGAGCGCACGUAUUGAGGCCGAAGCCCGCACCCGCGAGCGUCUGGAGAGGGAACUUGAGCGCCUGGAGACGCAAGAGCGGGAAGGUAUGAAGCUGAGGAUUCAUUUUGAACAGACUCAGAAACACAACGCCAGGCUUGAACAUACCCUCGAUCAGCUACGAAAGGAAUCUUCGGAGCACCAGAAGAAUGCUGAAAGGUAUGAGCGUGACAUGCGGGAAGCCAGAGAGGCAGCUCACAUCGAGAUCCGACGAACGCGUGUGCUUAUGGAAGCCGACAUCGACGCUGCUAAUAACCAGGUCAACGUUGUCCGACAUGACCUCGAAAGUGAAAUCGCUCGUGUCCGCACCGAACUUGAUCAGGUCCGCCUAGACGCCGACACAGCCAAGGAGAAGCACGAGCUCGACCUGGAGGCAGCCUCAGAUGUUAAGAAGCAGGCGAUUCAGGAAGUCUUAGAAAGCAGCAGACAUAGUCUGCAAGAGCAGCAACGGGCUUUCGAGCGACAAGUGGAGCACAUUAAGCAGGAGCAUGCUCGUGCCCUAGAGUUCGCUCUUCAGGAUAAGGAGCGUGCUGAAGCCUUCCACAACGACAAGCUUGCUCUGGGUGACUCUAAGAUCGAACACCUCAAAGACAAGAUUACUCUACUCGAGGAAAAGCUUCAGAUCGCCAAGGAGGCUGCUAGCGCCGCAGCAGCAGCAUUCAAGUCGUCAACAUCAGUCUCGUCAUUGGCUCCUAAUGCCCCUGAGAAAAUAUCGCCUCAAGCUUUGCGGGAGUCUAUUGCAGUCUUGCAGGAACAGCUUCAGGAGCGAGAAGGACGCAUCGAGGACCUCGAGCGCCAACUUGAGGAAACUGACACCAAAGCCCCUGCUAAGCUAAAGGAACGCGACACCGAAAUCAACUGGCUCCGCGAGCUACUCGGAGUACGCAUCGAUGAUCUUAAUGAUCUCAUCAAUUCCCUCGCUCAGCCGACCUUUGAUCGUGAGACCGUCCGCGACGCAGCGAUCCGCAUUCGCACCAAUUUGCAGAUGGAGCAAUCGGAGAAAGAGCGCCUCAUAUCAGGCGGACAACAGGCAUUUCCCACGCUGAGCACACUGUCUAACUUCGCAUCGCCCAAGGCUGUUCAACUCGCCGCUGCUAUUGGUAAUUGGCGUAAAGGCCGUGGAGAAGCCGCAUCCGCGCUCGCUGGAGGCUCAGGACACGCCUCGCGUAACCAGACGCCUUCCCGCCCUACGUCUCACUCUGCACAAUCUUUUCUCUCGGGCCUCAUGACACCUCCUACCUCGAACAUGCGUCGCACACCCGACCUUCCAUCCUCUUCUGUCCGCCCGCAAGCCUUACGUAGCAACUCGAGUAGCUCGCAUGCGUCGACAGAGGCUGGGUUUCCAAGUCUGGGCAAGCAGGCGCAGCCGGUUGCUCCACGAACGCCACCGCUGAUGAGGAAAGCGAAUUACGAUCAAGACGCGGAACUUGAGCGGUUUAGUGAGAGUGGAUUCUAUGACGAUGAGAGCACAAUUGAUGGCGCGAUGACGCCUCUUGCGCUCAACUUUGGGAGGGAACUACCGCAGUAAACCCCCCCAAACGCACACAACAAAGCUAGAAUAUUUCCUUUGUACAUGUUCUCCUUUCUCUCUAGCUGAUACUCAGCGUCACUCUUUUCUUCUUGUAUGUCCUUUCCACUUUCGCUGUACCAACGCCCUCUCGCUUCCCUGUACGUAAUGCUUGCCUUUUUUUUGCUUCUCUUGUCUUGCUUGUAUGUGC